AUGUCUACCUCGGACGGUCCUUAUACCUUGGAGCCUACGGCUCCCAAGAAGACUAUCUGGAAGUCUAUUCGGGAGAAUCCCAAGGUCAUCUUUAUUGCAUUUUUUGCUUCACUUGGUGGUUUUGAGUAUGGUUAUCAACAGGGUGUUUUGGGUCAAUCCCUCGUCAUGACCCGCUUCACUGAAAACUUCCCCUCUGUUGUUAAGUCGUCUUCUGCAACAGGAUGGCUCACAUCUAUCCUCCAACUGGGAGGUAUUCUUGGAUCACUAUCAGCCGGUGUUUCCAGCGAACUUAUCUCGCGAAAGUACACCAUGUUCAUCGCGUGCUUAUGGGUCGUCGUCGGCAGUUAUCUUUACGUUGGUGCCACUGCAGGAAACCCCCAACUUCUCUAUGCUGGUCGAUUCCUGACCGGUGUUGGUGUUGGUCUUUUCAGCGGUGUUGGACCUCUUUACAACGCUGAGCUUUCGUCGCCUGAGAUGAGAGGUCUCCUUGUGUCGUUUUAUCAACUUGCGACUAUUUUGGGCAUUAUGCUUUCCUUCUGGUGCGGCUAUGGAAGCAACUACAUUGGCGGAACAGGCGGCUCUCAGUCCGACCUCGCCUGGCGUCUUCCCUCUAUCAUCCAGGGUAUUCCGGCUGCUAUGCUCGCUGUCGGUAUCUGGUUCAUGCCCUUCUCUCCUCGAUGGCUCGUCAAGGUUGGCCGCGACGAGGAAGCCAAGUCCACUCUUGCCUGGAUGCGAAAGCUCCCCAUCGACGACGACGCUGUUCAGGUCGAGUAUCUCGAGAUUAAGGCUGAGGCAGUCUUUGAGCAGAAGGUUUUUGCUAGGGACUUUCCUCACCUUGCUGAGAGGAACAAGAGCCGUUUCAUGCAGCAGAUUGCUCAAUACGUGACUUGCUUCCGUUCAAUGGACAACCUCAAGCGUGUGUGCACUGCUUGGCUCAUCAUGUUCUUCCAACAGUGGUCUGGUAUUGAUGCCAUCAUCUACUACGCUUCCAACGUCUUCAUCAGCCUGGGUCUUACUGGAGGAACUAUUGCUCUUCUCGCUACUGGUGUGACUGGCGUUGUCUUCCUCAUUAGCACCAUUCCUUCUAUGUUGAUUAUCGAUCGCGUUGGUCGCAAGCCUCUUCUGUUGAUCGGCUCCGUUGUCAUGGGUGCCAGUAUGAUCACUGUCGGUAUCAUCGUUGCCAAGUUCCGCCACGAUUGGCCUAACCACGUCGCUGCUGGUUGGACUGCAGUUGCUCUCAUCUGGGUCUAUAUCGCUGGCUUCGGCGCUACAUGGGGUCCCGUCUCAUGGACCCUCGUCUCCGAGAUCUUCCCCCUCUCCAUCCGCGCCAAGGGAGCGUCCAUCGGUGCCUCAAGCAACUGGGUCAACAACUUCGCCAUCGCCUUCUUCGUUCCUCCCAUGCUCGAGUCUUGGGAGUGGGGAACCUACAUCUUCUUCGCCGUCUUCCUCUUUGUCGGCAUUCUCUGGGUCUGGUUCUUCUUGCCUGAGACCAAGAAUGCUUCUCUUGAGGAGAUGGACCGCGUCUUCAAGAGCCGUGCAGGAGAACAGGAUGCUGAGCUGCUUCGUGAGGCUCAGGCUGAGGUCGGACUUAUGGGAUCCGCGGCGGGACGCAAGGCUUCCUUUGAGAAGGAGGGUGAGAAGCAUGUUGAGGCUCUGUAA